AUGACGGGAAGGAGUAGAGAAGUAGUGAAUGUGAUGAAGAGGAGAAAAAUUAACAUCCUUUGUGUCCAGGAGACUAGAUGGCGAGGUAACAAGGCCAGAGAACUGGGAGAUGGGUACAAGCUCAUUUACAGUGGAGCAAACAAGGAAGGAAGAGGAGGUGUGGGAGUGGUAUCGGAUGCUGAGUGGAAGAAACACAUCGUGAAUGUAAACAGGUGUAGUGACAGAGUAAUGAACAUUAAGCUAAUGUAUGGAAAAGUCACAAUUAACAUCAUCACUGUCUACGCACCACAAGUCGGCUGUAGUAUUGAGGAGAAAGAGGAUUUUUGGGAACAGAUGGAUGUACAAAUCACUGGGAUAGGUAAGGAAGAGAGAAUCAUCCUUGGGGGUGAUCUGAAUGGCCAUGUGGGAAGAAAUAAAAAUGCUAUUGAGAGAAUACAUGGGGGAUGGGGUGUGGGAGAGAGAAAUGAAGAAGAUGAAAAUGUGGUGGAUUUUGCAGUGGCUUUCGACAGGGUUAUCAAUGGCGAGAGUGUCGCACCUCAACACUGGCUGAUCGUGAUAGACUUCGAGAUGAAAGAGGAAAGAAAAGGCAGACAACAACGAACAUCAAGAAUUAAAUGGUGGAGGUUGAAUGAUGAGGAGCUGAAAGCGGAGUUUAAAAUCAAAGUGCUGGACAGGAUGGUAGAAGCUGAAGAUCCAGACACAUGGUGGACAACAAACAGCAGGCACAUAAGAAUUAUGUGGGAAAACAUCAGGCAAGGACCCCUCGUAGGAUAA